GUUUCCCCAAAAGCAGGAACUCAGUUUAAGUAAAGCAGGAGAGAGAGAGAGAGGGGAUGCAGUGGUGGGCGUUAUGGCGGAAGUGUUGUAUUGGAUCUCAACCUUUGUUCUCAUUUUGACCCUUCUUUGUCUCCUCGGUUACCAGCUUAUAUUGUUGGUGGACCUGGAGUUUGAUUAUAUCAACCCGUAUGAUUCAACAUUUCGGAUAAACCAGGUUAUCUUGCCAGAGUUUAUCAUCCAAGGAAUCUUCUGCCUCAUCAAUCUUAUAGCAGGACAUUGGGUUAUAUUCUUGAUAUCUCUCCCUUGCCUGUAUUACAAUGUGACAUUGUGCAUUAAAAGAGAGCAAUUAGCAGAUGUUACUGAAAUCUAUAAUAAGUUGAGUUGGGAGAAAAAGAAGCGGCUGUGCAAAGUUGCAUAUCUUGUUCUGGUAUUUGUCGCUUCUAUAGUAAGCUUGGUAUGGACCCUUACCGAGGAUGUGCAUUAAUUGGACCUUCAACGCCUGCUAAGUUACAGGCUGAUACAUAUUGGGCAAGUCCAUAUUGGUACUUUAUUCAAAUGGGCAAGAACCAUGUGAGAGCCAUCCAUGAUGAGCUGAGCUCCUUAGAGAGGAGGACAUGUGUGACAAUCCAUAUUGGUGCUUAAGCAAAAAAGACAGAAAACUGAGCUUGAGAAGGUGUGAUUCUCUAAGUGAAGUUUUGGAUUCUUUCUGUGAAUUAAGAGUGCUUUAGGCAUCAAAAAAGUUAAUUGGUAAUGGUUUAGGUACAAAUGUAAACUUCUUUUGUGUAAUAUGCAUAUUUACUG